AUGAUUUCAAAUCACUUCUUUACGCAGCUGCCGCCGCCCUCGACUGCAUUGUUCGUAUUUUCCACCUUGUGCAGCUUGGUGGCCGGCAACGUGCUGCCGCAAGAGACCAAAACCAUCGAGGCGCGCGCAUUCAACGUCAGGCCUUGGCCUUUGGCUACACUAGCUCCCGCAUCACCCCUGGAGCUUUUGCGCAGGGAGUCUAAUACUAUUUGUGGUUACAUAGGAGGUGAUCCCAAUCUGCCAGCUACAUGUUUAGCAGGCUCUCACUGCGCCGCCGAUGUCGAGAAUGGAGUUAUAGGCUGCUGUCCCGAUAAAGGACCAUGUAACGCUGGAAUCUUCACGGGAUGCGUCGACCGGAACAGUGGGCCGCAGACCGUGGCCGAUCCCUACAUAUACACAUGUCGCGGCAAGAAUGUAUGUUACAAGAACAUGUUUGAGGGAGGAUAUUUCCAGUAUGGGUGCGGUUCGGCUUCUCCACUGGCGACAACCGUCGUUCUGACUGCAUCGGGGAGGUUACCGUUGGACCUUACCACCAUCUCCGUUAAAUUGACUGCGACGGUUACGCCUCUGUCAAGCCCUGCUACGCUGAGCUCGGAGCCAUCUAGGACGUCGGACUCUAGCACGGUUUUGGAGUCGCCCGUGGCUAGUGGCAAACCCCCAGAGCCGUCUGAAACUCACGGCGGUGCUGCACCAAGCAGCAACGGAAGUAGCUCGACGAAUACCGGAGCCAUCAUUGGAGGCGCUGUUGGCGGUGUUGCCGCCGUCUUUGCCAUCGCCACUUUAGCUUUCCUUCUGUGGAGACGAAAGUCGAGCAACGUCCGUCGUGGUCCCGGAAAUGAGAAGGAUAACAGAUACAUCCGGUCAAUGGCACCAGCAGCACAUCGCGAGUUUGAGCCACUCCCAUCCUCGCAUGACGCUUCCGAGGCUAGAUUCCACGCCGGUUAUGGGAACAGCACCCCUGGGAAUAGCACACCCGGCAAUAGGACCCCCGGUAUCAGCACUCUGGCCGCAAGCACUUCAGAUAGUGUUAGUGCUGUGAGUGGCCGUUCGGGUAGUCCUCGAGUGCAACCAUACAGCCACGAUACUAUAGACGCGGUGGCUACGAGAAGUGGGCACACCAACUAUGAUUCUGACCGUGUCCCGUUGACGAGGGAGCUCGACGACUUUUCUCACGGAUUCAACUCGGCGUUGGAGGCUAUAGAAUCUGACAGCGAUGUCGAAGCAAAUCGAAAUCACAUGGCAACAUACCCCGGGCCUCGCAGAGGCGGUGGUGGUGGCGUGCUCUGGCAACAGAACCGGAGACGCAGCAGAAACCUAGCGUGGAUGUAA